GCGCGUGACUCUGGCCGUGGCCGUGACUGUUUCCGUGGCCGUGGUUUGCCCUCGUGGCCGUGACCGUCGCCGUGGCCGGGUCGUGGUCGUGCUCGUGGCCGUGGCCGCGGGCAUGGCCGUGGCCGUGGCUGUGGCCGUGGCCGUGGCCGUGGCCGUGGCCGAGGCCGUGGGCGUGGCCGUGGGCGUGACUGUGGCCGUGGUCGUGGCCGUAGCCGUGGUCGUUGCCUGUGGCCGUGGCCGUGGCCGUGGUGUGGCCGUGGCUGUGCCGUGGCUAUUUCCGUGGCUGUGGUCGUGUCCGUGGCCGUGGCUGUGGGCUUUGGCCGUGGCCGUGGCCGUGUGGCCAUGGUGGCCAUGGCCUUGGCCGUGGCCGUGGCUCUGGCCGUGGCUGUGGUCGUGGCGUGCCGUGGCCGUGGCCGUGGUCGUGGCCGUGUUCGUGGCCGUGCUCCUGGUUGUGGCCGUGGCCGUGGCCGUGAUGUCUGUGGCCGUGGUCAUGCUCAG